AUGAUAAUAACCAAAGAACAAGAAACUAAAUUUGAAAAAGAAAAUAAUUGUCAUAUAUGUGGAAAAUCUUUGAUGGAUUUAUCACCAAUACUAGUGAAGAAUCAGAGAAUACUAAAUGAAAUUAAAAAUCUUCAAGAACUCAUAGAAAAGGUUAAAGAUCAUGUUCACUUAACAGGAAAAUAUUGAGAAACUGCUCAUUCUAUAUGUAAUUUAAAUUAUAAGGUUCCUAGAUUUAUUCCAGUAUUUUUCCAUAAUCUAUCUGGUUAUGAUGCACAUUUAUUCAUAAAAGAAUUAGGUAUUGAUAAAGAUAAUAUAAAAACUAUUGCAAGUAGUAAAGAAAAUUAUAUAUUAUUUUCAAAAAAUAUAUGAUAUAUGAAUAUAGAUCCAAUUAUUAAAGACCCUGUUUUAGAUCAGAAAGGAAAAUUAGUUAAAACAGUUGAAAUAAGAUUUCUUAAUUCUUUCAAGUUCUUAUUUAAUUCUUUAGAAGCUAAUACUUUAAUAUCAAAUCAGUUUAAAGAAUUAUCUAAACAUUAUCCUGAACAAUUGGAUUUAGUAAAAAGAAAAUUGGCUUAUCCUUAUAAAUAUAUGGAUUCUCCAGAAAAAUAUGAUGAAGAAUCUUUACCUUCUAUAUAUAAAUUUUACAGCUGA